AUGUCAAUAUCUUUUGUUCUUGUUAUAGCGAACACAGCAGACCUCGGUGUGUUAGAUCCAUCUCUAUAUAAACCUGAUUGCUUAGACGAGGAUCUCCUUUGGCCGGAAGGACAUGUGGGACGCGUGUGGUUCACUUUGAAGUACGAGUCUGGCACUGAAAGGCUCCAGGUGCAUAUUAUAAAGGCGAAACACCUCCCAUCACGAACUCCCGCGCUGGCCAACGCAUGCGAUCCUUACAUAAAGAUUCACUUGAUGCCAGAUGAAAGGAGAGUACUGCAGACAAAACAAAAGAAGAAAACCUGCAAUCCAUUCUUUGACGAAUCAUUUGUAUACCAGAUCCCACCUGGUAAGCUGGAAGGCUUGACCCUGAAGCUGUCAGUGCUGGACGUCGGUAGAGUGGGAAAAGGCAAGCAGCUCAUCGGCCAUAUUAUAUUACCGCUUAGUGAAUUGGAAGGCGUUGCUUCCGACGAAGAACCACAGUUAUAUAAACUGGAUAUUGAAAAGGAGCUCCAAGAGCCGACGUCAGAUUUAGGGGAAAUUCUUGUAUCCCUUUUGUACAAUGAAAAUCUCCAUCGGCUUACAGUCACCGUGAUAGAAGCUCGAGGUCUUAAAUUGGAUCCAUCGUCUAGCAGAAGGGAGAUGGUAGUGCGUGUGACACAAGAACGUGCAUGUCGUGGUGUACGCACACGUCGUACGGCCGCUGUGGAUGUAGCCGAUGAUGGCAGCGCUCUUGUCUCAGAAUGCUUCCACUUCAGACUUAGAGCUGACGAGCUUCACACUACCAGUGUGACAGUCCAAGCUCUGCAACCACAUUCGGCAUAUGCUAAAGAUCGCCUUCUCGGCAAGUUUGUGCUCGGGUCCUACAUGUUUGCCAGAGGGCGAGCACUUCAACAUUGGAACUCUGCCCUCGCAUCGCCAAUGGAACAAGUUAAACAAUGGCACCCGCUCAACAAUUAA